UUUUAGAUCCAACGCCUGUCACAGCUCUGGAUCUCUCGUUUUCCCCUGAAACCCUAACUCUCGAAUCGAUUCAAUUUUUGCCUUUCACUUCUCGAAACAGUGAAAAAUUUUGGCGGGACGAGUCCAGAUCUUAGCUUAGAACAGUGAUCGAACCAUACCUACUGUGUUUUUGUUACCCGAUCUCGCUCAAGCUAGGGUUUGCUAGAAAUUUGGGUGGUGGUGGUGGUGUUGUAACGAUGUCCCGGUGCUUUCCGUAUCCUCCUCCGGGGUACGUGAAGAACGGAAUCCACGAUGAGGCACUCAUUAAAUCGAUUAAGCUUAAGAGGGAGGAAGAGAAGGCAAGGAGAGAUAGGAAGAAAGAGAAAAAACGUGAGAAGAAAAAGAAGGAGAGGGCCAGGGAAGAUGGAGAGAUUGAACGUAAGAAGCAGAGUCAUAGGAAAAGGCAUAGAGAUGAGAGGACUCAAGAUCCAAAAGGUAGCGACCAUCAAAAGAAGGGAGAAACUGAAGUGGAAAACAAUGAGAAGAGUAGCCUUACUGAAGAACAUGGCCAGGCUCUUGGAUCCCAGAACUCUUCUGAUAGCACACUCAACAGCAAUAAAAGGCAGAAGCUGAGCUCCCCUUUUGACAGCAGGCAUCAUCCUGGAAGCAAAUUCCGGAUCAAGAUGCCUUCUCAAAGGCACAAAGAUCCAGAAGUGCUACCCAGCAAGGAGCAGCCUUUCCCUGCCUUUGGAAGGAUUAAUGAUGUCUAUGUUCAAGGGAUAAAUGGAGCUACUCUUAGACCAGGCAAAGAACUUGGAGAAGAUCCCUGUUCUACAUCCCAAAAUGCUAGCCCAAAAGUCACUCUGAAGCUUAAUAAAAAUGUGCCCUUCCAAUCGUCUUGUGCAUCAGAAAGAUCUGUGAGCAAGGCUGAGGCAACUUUGACAGCAAAACUGUGUAGCUGUUGCCCUCCUACAAUCACUUCACAAUUUAAAAAUCUUGUUGAGGAUUGGAUUCCACCACAGAUGGAGAGUUCUGGUGUUGAAGAUAAAGAAUGGCUGUUUCAGAGAGUGCAAAAUCUCCGAACAGCAGCUAAAAGAACUGAACUUGAAAAUGUUGGCUUGAGUCAAGAAAAUUUAACACAUUGGCCACAGGCUUUCCACUUGCCGGAUGUUGAUCUUUAUGCUUUACCAUUCACAAUACCAUUUUAAAAUGAGAAUGGGGCAACCAAGGAGAUGAAGUUCAAGAGAACUCUUUCCAGCUGGGUGCUGAAAGUCUGGAGAUUCUGUUGGCAGCAUUCCAGCUGCUUUAUCUCUUCAAGUCUUCAGAUGUCAUGGUGGUUGGUCCUUGAAAUGCUGAGACCAGAUUUUGUCCGGCAUGGUAGUUAUAGAAACAUUGGUUGAGAUUGAUAUAGGCUUUCUACCAUUUUGUUCUUAGAAAAAUGCAUUGAUGCACCACAUGUCCAAUUCAUUUGAGUAAUACAAGCAUUCAUUUUUACCAUGCAUGUUUUUCUCCGUGCCCCCUAUUGGGUUUACGUGUUCAAUUACCUACUGCCAUUAAGUCAUUCGUGUAAAGGUUGGUGUCAAAACUCACAAGAUUGAGGUGUCUGGGAUUCUGAGUAGGUGUAUCUAGCUAAAGUUUGUGUUCUUAACCGGUUGGGGGUCCAGGUGCAAAGUGAGUGUGAGUGGAGGGGUGCACUGUUAUGCUAUAG